UGCGAAUGCGCAAAUUCUUCAAUCGAAAAUCGUUCAGCGUUCUGAAACAAAACAGUUAUAUUUCUAGGAUAAAGUGCGCAAUCUAGUAUUCGCUGCGUGCGUGCGUGAUAAAAAAAACAUAUCUAAAAUGGCUGGCUCAACUUUCUACCUAGAGCAGUAUCUGGAUAGUUUAGAAGAUUUGCCCACAGAGCUCAAAUCAAACUUUAAUAAAAUGCACGAUUUGGACAAGAGGAACCGUGACACUAUGGUACAAAUUGAUAGCUCGAGCGAUGAUUACCUGCGAAAGGUUCGUGAUCUAAGUCCCUCUAAGCGGAAGCAGGAAAUGGAGAAGAUCCAGAAAAUGUUCAAGAAAGCCAAGGAGAUGUCGGACGACAAGGUCCAGAUUGCCAUACAGACCUAUGAGCUAGUUGACAAACAUAUUCGGAAACUUGACGCAGAUCUUGCCAAGUUUGAGGCAGAAAUGAAAGAGAAGGGACGCCUCAGUCAAACCGAAAGCGAAGAGGAAACAGAACAAGAAGAAGAGAAGAAGGGGAAGAAAAAGAACCUGAAAGACCCAAAGCGAAAGAAAGCGCGAGAGGAAGAGAAAAAACAAAAGAAAACGAAGAAUAGUAAAGCCGAUGUUUCAGUGACUCAAACUCCGUUUGGUAUCCUGUCUGUCCCCCAGGAGGUGCUGGAUAUGCCGGUUGAUCCGAACGAGCCGACCUACUGCCUUUGUGGACAGGUCUCCUACGGGGAAAUGAUUGGCUGUGAUAACCAGGAUUGUCCUAUUGAAUGGUUUCACUUUGGGUGCAUGAGCCUCACCACUAAACCCAAAGGGAAAUGGUAUUGUCCCAAGUGUUUACCUAUGUUCAAGAAGAAGAAAUAAUACUCAAAACAUUUAAUUCAAACUCCUACUCAAUACCUUAUACUCGUAAAUAUUGUUUAUUCUGUAUCUAUAUUUUUAAGAAUUGUAUGUUAUAGUAUUUCAUUGAUUACAAGGUUGUUAUUCAAAGUUAUUCAACUUAAACAAAUCUUCAUUUUUUCUUAAAAUUUAUGCAAUGAAAAUCAAAAAAAAAGUAUUUAAUAUUGAAGAGAAAAAAGAAUGUAACCAAAAUAAACGCAUCAAUUUAAUUCGGAAACACAUUGAAUGUGUAACCUUCAUUUUUAAAGGGAUUCUCGACGUGAUUCUCAGUUAAGUCAAAAGUCCUACAAAUCGCAUUAAGUCGAAUUGAUAACUUUAAAUAAUCGUGAAUAUUUUGUAAUAAUCGUCUGAAUAUUUCAGA